AUGUUAAAUAUUGAUUUAUGCGAAAAAAAAAAAUAUUAUUUAAAUAAAGAAAUAAAAAAAUAUGAUUAUGUAAAUUUAUCUUUAUUAAACAUUAUAGAUCAUUGGUGUGAUAUUGAAACGAGUAAAUAUCCUAUUAAAAAUGAAAGAAUAUUAAGAAAAAUCAAAUUAGAUAUAAAAAAGUUUAUAUACGCCAAUAUUUUAUAUAAAACGAAAACAAAUUUUAAUUUAUUUAAUAAAUUUUAUAAUUAUAAAUAUAAUUAUGAUAUUAAAUAUGUUAAUAACCAAUAUUUAUUUGAUAUAUGUUCUAACAGUUAUAAAUACUUCUAUGAAUUACUAAAAAGGUAUUAUAAAGAAAAGAAAAAAUGUAAUUUAAAUAAUUAUAAUGAGAAUAGUGAUUCUUCACUUGAAAUAAUAAACGAAAAUAAAACAGACAAUUUGAGCAACUUAAAAAAUAUAAAAAAUGAUUUGAUUAAAGAAGAUAAAAGUGAUGAUGUUAAUAAAAAUUUAGAGGUUUUGAAUUUACAUAAUAAUAGGAAUAAUUACAUAGAAUACACAGAUGAUUUCUUUGAUAUAAGUAAUAGAAAAAGUAAUUCAAACAAAAACAGACUCGUAUUCACAGAAUUAUAUACUUCAAUGGUUUAUUAUUGUUUUUUAUUAAUGAAAAAUAAAUAUUAUUUUGAUUUUAUUUGCUUGUAUUUAUAUUUUAAAUGUUACUUUUCAAUAGAUGAAUUAAUGAUAAAAAAAAAUACAGUUUUGAAAUUUACUUGCCAUGAACAUUUUUUAAAUUUGUUAUUUUUACUAUCCAGUUUUUUGAAUAAUUUAGUUGAAAAUGAUGUAAAUAUAAAAAAUAAGUUUGAUUAUAAUGAACUGAAAAAUUUUUAUAAUUUUGAUAUAUUUAAUGAAAAUAUUAAUAUUGGAAAUGUUAGUAAGUUAUCUUUUAAUUUACUUUUAAAUUUAAGAGUUCGAAUUAAUUUUAACGAGAUAAAUUAUGAUUUAAAUAUAAAAAAGUAUAAAAAUAUUUGUAACUUUAUAUUAUUAUUUCAAAAUGAGUUUACUAAAAAAUAUAUUAUGAAGUUAAAUGAAAUGAAUAAUCUGACAUUAAAAUAUAAGCAAUAUAUUUUUAAAAAAGAAAAAAAUAACAAUGAUCCCAAAUUUUCAAAUGAUAAUAGUUUUCCUAUAGACAACUUUUCCUUUUUAUCAUUAAAUAACACAAAUGAUGAUAAUAGCAAUAAUAUAAAUAAUUGUAAUAAUAAUCGUUUGAGAAGUUAUACAGAUGAAAAUUUUUCUAAAAUGUACUUAUUCAAUAAUGAGUAUAAUAAUUAUUUUAAUGUAAAAGAAAAAUUCUAUAAUAAUUUUAAUAUAUUCGAUAAUAAUAAAGAUUCGUCCUUUUACAAUGAAGGUAAUAACAUAUCUGUAAACAAUAACUUUUCUAUACAUAGAAAUAAUAAUAAUAACACUUUUAUAGUGAAUAAAGAUAUAGAUGAAAAAACUUUAAAAACAAUAUUUCUUGAAGAAAAUAACUUAAUAAGAGAAUACAAUAAUCGUAAUAAUAAUAACGCACUAAAUAUAAAGCAUUCUAAUUUUAACCAAAUACUCAGCUUUAAUAUCGACGAUAUAUAUAAGGAUGAACUUGAAUUACAUGAAAUGGAUUACAUAAAUAUUAACGAUUACUGUAAGAAUGAAAGAGAAAUAGAAAAUAUAAAUAAUGCAAUUGAUAUAUUUUAUGAAGACAUGAAUAUCUUUAAUGAUAAUUUAAUUAAUUCAAAUAAAAAUGAAGACACUUUCAUAUGGUUGAAAUCCUUCAUGAAUGAUACAUAUGUUUUAAAAAUAUUGGAAAGGAAAAUAGUAAUAGAUAAAAAAGAAAAAUAUAAAAACUAUUUUUUAAGUAUAAUUAAUAGUAUUUAUGUUACUUUACAUAAAAAUAUAAUAAGUAGUAUAAAUAAUAGAAUAGAAGAAUACAGGUUUUUAAUUUUAAAGAGAUUUUUUUUUUUAUGUAGUAAAAAUUAUUAUAAUAAAUUUAAUGACACUUUGAAUUGGAAAUAUAAAAUUUUAAAUUGUUUACUCGGAUAUGAAAACGAAAUAUUCUCAUGUUCUUAUGUUAACAACAAUAAAAAUAUAGUAGAUAUAUAUAAAGAAAAAAUCCAAAAUUUUAGAAAUGGUUGUAUAUACAUUAGUAAAAAUAUUAUAUGCGUGGAUAAGAAUAUAGCUUUUUGGAUAAACAAAAAGAACAACAAAAUAUUUCAUCUUUAUUUUAAGCCAUUUCAAAACUACUUUUCAUCUUAUUUUUAUCAAAAAUAUUUACAUAUAUUUAUUUAUAUUUCUAAGAUAGGAACAUUAAUUAGAUAUAUAAAAAUUUUUAUUCUUGUUUUUACAAAAAUUAUAUAUAAAAAAAAAAAAUAUUCAAAUUCAAUGAACAUUUUAACAAAAAGAGAAAAGAAAGAUACUAAUGUUAUAAAUAUUAAAAAAGAAGAAAAGAAAAAAAAAAAAAAAAAUGAUAAUGAUUCUUAUUAUGAAGAGGAAAUACCAUUAGGAAAGGUAUUUAUUUCUUUUAUUAAUUCAAUUAGAAAAUAUUUAUUAAUAUUUGAGGAAAGAAUGAGAAAUAUUAUAUUGCAAGAACAUAUAAAAAGCCCAUUAGAUAUAUACUAUAAAAUUAAAAAACAUACUGAAUGUAUAGAAUUUUUAAGCUUUUUAUGUUCUAGUUAUACAUAUGGUAGUGAGAUAUUUUACAAAAAAUAUUACAAAUUCUAUAAAAAUCCUUUUAAUUAUAUUAAUAAUUCUUCUAUUGAGAAAUGUAAGCAGUUACACGAAUACAACUAUUUUUCUAAUAUUAUAUAUGGUUUAUCUCAUAAAAAUUAUGAAAGGAAAAAUUUAAAAAAAAGAAAAGAAAAAAGUAAUGAUAUGAAUGAGGAUAACAAGAUAAAUGAAAUACUACAUAGUAAAGUAGUAUAUAACGAAAAAGAUGAUUUUAAUAAAUAUUUAUCAAAAAAAAUAUAUAUGCAUAAUUAUAAUUUAUUUAUUUAUCCAAGAGGAAAUGAAUUAUUAAGUUAUAUUUAUAGAUAUUACUAUUUAUUUCUUAAUACCAACAAAAAAAAUCUCAUAAAGUUGUGUAACUUUAUUUUUUUAAGAAUUAUUAAACCAUUUUUACAUUUUCUUUAUUCAUAUGUUUACAUGGGAUUAAAUAAAGAUUAUUAUUUUGAAUAUAUUAUAAAUAAAAAUGCAUUAAAUCAAUUUUUUUAUAUUUAUCAUAACAAUACAAAGUAUUAUGAUAAAACAUAUUUAUUAAAUAAUUCAUUUAUUUCUCUUCCUGUUUUUUUUAAAUAUUCUAUUGAAAUAGUUUACUAUACAGGUAUAUUAUCAAGAAUUUUAAGAAUGUCUAGUGAAGAAGACUUCUAUUUAGCUAUACCUAAAAUCAUACAUUAUAAAAACAUAGAAAAUGAAAUAUCACUAGGAAAAAAGAAAGAAUAUAUUAAAGAGGAUAUGAGUGGAAUUAAUAACAUAAAAAAAGCAGAUAUCGUAAAAUUACUUUGCUCUUUUUCAAUAAAUAAAAUUAUAAAUUUUUUAAAUUUUUACAAUGAUUCUCAUUAUAAAAAAAUAGAAGUAAAAAAUGAAAAGUCUGGUAAUGUUUUUAUAAAAUAUUGGAAUAAUGAAAAAGUUUCAAAAGUUGUUUAUGAAAAAACGAAAAGAAAUAUUAAUAAGAAGUUACAGUAUUAUUUUUUAAGAUUUUAUAGUAUAUUAAAUGAUCAUAUAAUUGAUUUAAACAAAAUUACAAAGCAUAAUCAAUAUAUUAAAAAUAGAAAUGCAAUACAAAAAAUAUCUCAAGUAAAAAAAAACGAAAACAAAAAAAUAUGUAAGUUGGUGAAAUUAAAUAGUUCAAAAAUAAUUAACAAAAAAAGUAGAUUAAAAGAAGAAAAAUGUAGAUUUAAAAAUAUUAAGAAAAUUCAUUCAUAUAAGGAUAAUAAUUUUAGGGGAAAUGAUGAUCUAGAAAUUAAAAAAGUGAAUAAAUAUCAAAAUAAAAGUUUUACUAGCUAUGAAAAUCUUUUAAAUGGCAUUCCUUUUGAAAAUUCUUUAUUAAUAAAAAAUAUAAAUGAUAAUUCUAAUUCUAAUCAUUUAAUUGAUAAUUACAAUUCUAAUAACUUAAAUGAUAAUUAUAAUUCUGAUGAUUUAAGUGAAUACUCCGAUUUUGAAUAUUCUAACAAUUCUGAGUAUUCUAAAGAAAAAUUUAAUAAUGAUAAUAUUAAGAAAACAUUUGAUUUUUCUGCAAACAUUAAUUUUAGUGAUUCAUCAAGAACAGAUAGAAGAAAUGAUGUUCUUGCAUUUAAUAUAAAUUAUUGUGAUGAUGAAAAAUUAGAAAAUGUAGUAGAAUUCAAUAAGAAGAGAUGGAGUAAAAAUGAUAUGAGACUAUUAUAUAUAGAAAAGGAGGAAAUGAAGCUAAAAAAAUAUAAUAAUUCUACUUUAAAUGAAAUUGAUCAUAUAAUUAAAGAAAAAGAAAAUAAAAAAUAUAAUAAAAAGAAAAAAAGAAAAUGUAAAUUUGAAAUAAAAAGCAUAAAUUAUCUUCUUUAUAGAAAUUUAUUCAUUCCUAUUAAUCAUCAUUAUGAUAAUAUAAAUAAAAUUCUUGUUUAUUCUUUUUUAAUAAAUAAAAAUCUUUUAAUUUAUUUAUGUUUAUUGAAGUGCUAUUUAUUUUGUGAAAGUGAUAGGAAUUAUAAAUUUUUAUGUUCAUUAUUAUAUAAUAAAAAAAAUAAAGACGUAAAUACAAAAAAGUUAUACAAUAUUUAUAAUAAAAAAAAAGUAGUAUAUUAUUAUUUAGAUAAAAAUUUUUAUAAAGCAAAAGAUAUAUCAACAAAAUUUUUCUACAUAAAUUUUCGUGUCAUUGUUCCAUAUACACUGAGAAUAUUCUUUGAUGAGGAUAUUAUAAAUUAUUACAAUAGCAUAUACAAGUUAACAUCAUUAUUUUACUUUACACUAAACAAUUUAAAUGAUAUAUUUUUAAUCUUUUCUACUUAUUCAAAACCAUUUAUAUAUCAACAUAUAAGCAAAGAAGAAAAGUGUAAUAAAAUGAAUUAUAAUGAUUUUAAAUAUAUGCACAUAAUUGAAAAUAUAGCAAAUAAAAAUAAUUUAAAUGAAGAAAAUAUAUAUGAACAAAAAUGUAUAAUAACUAAAAAUUUAUGCAAUGUAUUCAUGACUAAAAAAAGAUUUUUUAACGUUGGAUUUCACAAAAAAUUUUUAUAUUACAAAAAAAUGGAUAAAUUUUUAGAAAAUGUAAAAAUAUUCAACGAGAUUUUAAACGAUUUUAAUAAAAUAAGAUGUGAAAUGAAGCUUAUAAUAAAUUAUAUUUAUGACUAUUUAAUAAAUAUGAAUAUACAUAGAAAUUAUUUCUUUUUUUUUCAUAACAUAUUAAAAAUUAAAAAAUUUUAUGAUUUAAUAAAAUUUCAUAAAUCCUUUGUACAACAUAUAUUCAAAUUUUCCUUCUUAUCUACCAACUUUUUUUCGAUAAGUAAAAUCAUAUUUAACAUUAUAAAUAUUAUUGAUAUAUUAAAAAACAUUAUGAAUUCAUUAAUACCAUUUCUUCACAACAAAACUGAGGCUAGUUUCUCUUUUAUAUUUGACAAAAAUUUUAAAAUAUUAGAAAAUAAUAUUAUUAUCUUAACAUCAGUAGAUGCACAAAAUAUUAUUAAGAAGUUUUACAUUAAUAGAGAUAAUUUAAUUAUACAGAUAAAUAAAUUUCAAAAUAAUAAAUUAGAUUAUAUUUAUAAUAAAUUUUUUUUUAAUGAUUAUUAUACGUAUAUAUUUCAAAGUGAUUGUUCUUCUUAA